AUUGAAUUGAAGUUGCUUUAGCCUAUAUAAAGAGUAAGGAAAAUAUCGAUAGUUGUGAUUGAAGAUCAGUAGUUGUGUUAUGUAGAUCACUUAGCGUAACAGGGAUAUCCCUCUGGAUAUCCCGCUGGUAUCCCUCUAGAUACCCUGGCUUCGGCUGAAUAGCUACCCUUGCCAGUGUUCAUCUCUUUUUGAAAAAAACAAUUUGCUUUGUAAUUCAUUCAUAGUUUAAUUGUUAAGGUUCCGUCUCGACCCAUCGAAGGAAUCGAAAAAUUUAGAUAUCGUACUUUAACCUACUGACAGGUGGGCCUCACACCUGACAGCCCCUUAUGUCAGGUCUGCAUACGUUGGUUGUUAAUAUUUUGAAAGAAGAGUAAACCUCAUUUUUCCUGUCACGACCAAAAUGGGAAAAUCAAGGUUUUGUUGUGUGAAAUAUCCAUUACAAUUUUACAUGUAAGCAAUAGUUAAAAUUGCUACUGCUUUUCGUAAAAUAAGUAACUCAAGUAAUUGAAUAUUACUCAAUGAAAAUGAAUGAACGUUUACAAGAACAUUUUAAAGUUCCGCGGGUUCCGUAUUUCCGCAGUUCCGCGAUAAAACCAGGAAUUAAAAAAUCUUACGUUAUCAUUGCUUUUGACAACAAUCCACGUUGGCAUUUUUGACGCUGGAAGUGUUUCAGUUGUCAUGUCCGGUGAUAAAACAAUAUAUAAAUACUUAAUAAUUUUUAGUUCAUCAUGAAGCUACAUACUCACGAAGAAACAUUUCAUGAUGGCUGUUUAUGUUUUAACGAACACAGAACAGAAUAAUUCCAUCGUUAAAUCUAUUGCUGGUCACGAUUUAUAUGGCGAGGUGAAUACUGCAGCGAAUGACAUAGAAUGUAUGUUUUUAGGAACUUUGCAAAGUUUUAUGAAAUUUUACAGAAAUAAUAUUUCUUUGCAAGAACGUCGACAGCUUACUGUUGCGGCAUCAAAAGGAAGGUUGGAUUAUAAAACUUCAACUGUCAUACGUGAACAAGAAGAGGGAAUGUUAAAUAUUUUGGAACUGCCAGUAAGUUCAAAUUACGGUUAGCACUUUUUUCCAUCCAGCAAACCGCCCUAUCGAUUUUCUAAAGUCGUUUCUUUUUGGAUUUUUUUAUUAAUUCGGUUAGGGUUAGAGUUGGGGUUGAGGUUAGGGUUAGAGGUUAGAGUAGGGGUAGGGUUUGGGUUAGUUACAUAGCCAUUUAACACCUCUUCCGAAAAUGACGUCAGGUCAGGUUGCUGGAUGGAAAAUAGUGCUAACCUCAAAUUACUCGGCUAAAUUGCCUUACCGGUAAACUUAAUCUAUUAAUACCUAAUUUAUUUCCAUUGACAACUAAAACCGGUGUUAAUAGACGCAGUAAAAUAGCAAAGUGGGAUGCAUUACAACUAGCUUAGUUGAUUAAAACUUAGCACAUUAAUGCCUGUAGUUAUAGUACGGUAGGGGAAAAGGGUAGAGGUGUGCAAAUCCGAAACCGAUCCAAAUCCGAUUUGUUCGGAUUUCGGAACCAAAAUAUUCAUUUUGGAUCGGAUUGAUAAAGUUGUUUCGUAGUCGGAUCGGACUUCGAUAUCCGAAAUAAAAUGAAUUAAUUAUCCACGCAUUAUCGCAAGAAUUAAUUAUCCAUGCAUUUAUCAAAGCAUUAUCGCAGUUGUCGCUGGAUUAUUCUUUUGAUACUUCAAUUAGACGUCACUUUGUCAAGCAUCUUGACAUGUAUUCCUUGCUUUUAUAUUCAUUUGGUUAAAUAUUUCAACUUGAAUGAGAAAUUUAUUUUAUUAAAGAAUUCUUUGGAUCGGAUUGGAAUUCUUUAUCAAAACUCGGAUCGGAUUCGGAUUAGACAAUUUCGAAUCGGAUUUUAAACAUUAGGCUAUUGUCGGAUUAUAAACGUCCAAUCCGAUCUGAUGCACACCUCUAGAAAAGGGCCUCCCCCCUGGAAAUAUAGGGGUUCAGAUUUGAGUUCCACCUCUAACUGGCUUAGUAUGCAUAUGAUUGGUUAAUUGAAUAUAUCAAAUGCAUCUGAUUGGCUGAUGGUCCCUUAAUGGUAGCGGUUAUUGUGUAAGUCAAAUCUGAACCUCUAUAAUAUUAGCUCCUGGCUGGGGCCGGUUGUAUGAAAGCUGGAUAACUCUAUCCACCGGAUAGUGAUGUUUCCAAUCAUUGUAAAAUUGUUCAUUGAUUGGUAUAACUCAGAUUGUAUUUAUAAAUUAAAGUUUUGUUUUAUUGAUUGUGAGGUCCAUAUAUCCAUAGUUUUAUAACUUCACCACAUUUCCCUAAAUUUUGGUCAGCAGCAAGAAGACAUGGGAAGGAGUGAAAUUAAUCUCCUUGCUUGUGAAACAGAAUUAAAGUUUGGUUCAUAAUUAAGACAUUCGACUAGCAAACUAUGGGUUAGAUUAUAUUAAUUUAAUUGUUUUCAACAAGAUAAAGGCUUUUGAGCUUUAUUCAUUUAAACAAAUAUGAAUAGCACUACUAUCUGGCUUAGAGUGCCCCCAUAACGUCUGUACGUUAAUUGUCUUGAAACCUCUCCCAUUUUGCUGGGGACUGGCAAUUAAGAUUUGACAAUUGCAACUAGGGUAUGUUAUCUAUAUAUUUUGCAGUGUGUCUGCCACUGGCUUAAACAUUUACUGAUUUGUUAUAAUGUUUAUUUAUUUUCCUUUAAGUCAUCAUUGCAGCUGUCACUGCUAUCCUAUCUGGAUGUUCACAGUUUGUGUCAAGUUUCCCAAACCUGUCACAUACUAAAUAACUUAGCCAGUGAUCAUUUAUUAUGGGAGAGAAUUUUAUCACGAGAUUUAAAGACAUGGACACUACUUAAUUAUCAGUCAUAUCCACAGAUAUUUCUUGAUGCUGGUGCAGAUCUGGGGACUAAAGAAAUGUAAGUCAAAGUAUUGGCUUGUGGUCAGGGUAGAUGUUUUACAUAUAUGACUGAAAUAAAUGGAUGCAGGGGUGGAUCUGCCUCAUCUACAAGGAAGGAUGCAGGUUUCCCACAGGGUGGUGCAUGAGGGAGCCUCACUGCUCACUCUCUUUUGCAGUCAGCAAUGCUACUAUCCCAAAAUUUCCAGUAUUUGAGAUGGUCAAAUCUGCAUGUAUGAUCAAGCAGAUUGUUUUAGGGUGGUGCUGGACCUCUCUAGGGGGACGCUAGACACCACUAGGUGGGCUGCGCACCCCCAUGGUAGAACUGCUCCUGCAUACAAUUAAUUGUCGUUCCUCACCUUUGUUCAGAUAUGCAAGAUGUUAUUCUGGCUAUCAAAAAACGAAAAACUGCAAACCUGCUGAUGAAUCAUUGUUUGCAAAGCUUUUAAAAUUUGCGCCAUUCUAUCAAAAACCUCCACCCAGAGUGCAAAUGUUUGGGCCAGGUUUAGAAGCAAGCACAAGUGGCUUAGUUCAUAAGUUAUUGUGGAAUGAAAUUUCUCCAUUUCGCGUUCAAAACAUGUUUUCUGGACUAGAAGAUGGUAGGUAAAGAAUGAUGAUUCUGAGUUUAACUUAAUUUAUAAAUUUUGAGACAUAGAAUUCCUCAAUUCCGAAGCAAGCUUCCUCCCUUCCCUACCUCAAAGGUAGCGACCCCUAAAGUAACGUUACUUAACUUUGUGAUCCUUUUAAAAUUCCCGAAAGUUGCCGUUCAGUGGUUAGUGGUACACCCAAAUUAUUAAUUCAUAUCUGGCAUUUAACAAAUAGUAGCGGUGUUUUUAAACACAAUAAUUAUUCAACAAAAAGUGACUUUAUAGUGGAGACUAAUGUGACGUUAUUGUGCUGACGGUGUGUGCGUAUGAAAAAAAUUACAUAAUUAUUAUAUAUUAUUCAGCUCACUCCCCAAUGGGGACUUUGCAGUGACCGAUUACAUCAAGUAUUACGCUUAGUAUACGUAUUACCUACUUAGCCUAGACUAAUUAUCUUUACAACAAUUGUGAUAUUACUUUCCUAUUCCUAACUAUAUCCUAACCCACCCUGACAACUUUCUCUGUGGGAGGAAACCGGAGCGCCCGGAGAAAACCCACGACUUUCGGCUGAGCGUUUUUUCAUCAGUCGUCUUUAUGUCAUGACGACUGCGCCACCAAUUAAGUACUCGACUGUAUCAGAAAAAAUCUGAAAUCAACAGCUUACUUACCAUAUUACUCAGUUAAAUUUCUCAGUUUCUGCAACGUAUUGGAUGAAAACUUCAACCCUGUUCAAACGGAAUGAUGAGAGUUGAUGAGAGUUGAAUUCUCGCUUGUGUUUGACCACUAACUCUCGUUUGACCUCUCAUCAGCUCUGAGCUGUUUCAAAGUUUGAUGAGAGUUUUCGCUACGCGCGCGGUUUUAUCCAGUCAUUUUACAACUGUCGAAUUCAUGCAACCUUUGUUCUCAUUUGGCCGGGACGGGUGGUUGAGAAAACUCUCAGUCUCUUAUGCAAACUCUCGCUUCUUAACUCUCAUCCUCAUUUAACCAUUUAGGUGGCGAAGUCACUGAAAUUAUUCAAUUUUAAAUCUUUAGGAGUUGGGAGUGGAUUGUCUUUGAAGUACAAUGAAUCCGAAAUUGUCAAUUUAAUAAUAACCUAUUCAUCAACAAAGUAAGUUAGUUUAAUUUAAAAAUAAUAAUAUUACUGUACAGAUCCGGAAUUGCUUAGUAUUUCUACAUCUAACUUUAUUUGGAAAUGAUUAAAAUGAAAUAACUGUAGUUGCAAGAAAAGGGCCGAUAUAGGUGGCUAUGGGCGUUCGCGCUAUUAUGAGAAAUGGCAUGCAGUAAGUCAGUAAUAUAUUUAAUACUGACUCAAGAAGGCUAGACAGAUUAUGUUUAUUAUAUGUCUCAUUCAUGGGCUUCCACCGUACAGUAUGUGAGUAUAUAUAUUGUAUGUGGUCACUGCACGCACGUACGGUAAGUAUAAAAGUAAAGGAAAUAAGUAGAAUUGAUAGCGCUAUUGAGGAAGAAUGGUACAUACCAAAGAAAAGAAGUUGAUAAAACGAUAUACAGACAGUGGGAGGACACUUCGCGAAAUAUUUGGGGUCGGGGGAAGGGACAAUUUGGGUUGUCACCAAAUCUCAGUUCUUUAACCUUUUUUUUCUAAUCUAUAGCAUUCCAAUGCUUUAUUGUUUUAGAAUUGCUGUUGCCCCCCCCCCAGUGGUAAAGAUAAAUAUUGUUGUAAAAUUACUGUUGCCCGCCCCCCCCCCCCUCCCAGUGUUCCCCAGUGGUAAAAGAUAAAUAUAUGAAAGUAUUUUCUGAUGCAGAAGGAACUCGAUGUCAGCUAGAUUACUGAAAGGCAAAACGCUGUUUCUUGACACAACUGAUGAACUACGACUGAUGCAUGAACUAGCAAACAUUUUUUAACACAAUUUUUUAGAAAACAGUUUUAACUGCACCAGAUGCAGUGAAGUGCGGUCCCCCGCGGCCCCGCCUAUGUUCUUUAUCAUCAAUAAUUCGUCCUUUAGAUUCUCGGCCUCAAAUUAAAAGAAUUGUAUCGUAUCAUACCCGGUUACUUUUUCUUCUGACCAGUAACGACUAAAGACUAAAGUAUAUGGUACCAUCAGGCAAAACAGUAUCCGGCAUAUCCCGCUUCUUCGGUCGAACGAAGGAUUGAACGAACGGAAUCACACUCAUAGAAAGAAGCGCUGUCAAGUUUGCAGUAUAUAAUAGUUAAUUCUGUGUUAGAAACCUCUUCCUGGAUUAUAAAUAAUGAUCCUUAUAUAUCUUUAGAAAAGAACGGGAGGCUGCUGCCAAGGAUGGUUCGGCAAUCAGAAACAAAAUGUUCUUGGAGCAAGAUGAUGAAUUUUUGGUUCAUGAAGUUAGUCAUUCUGUUAGACAGUUAUGUAAAACAAUCGAUGCCUUCAUUUUUGUUGUCGAUUCCUCAACCACUAAAGAAAAAGGUAAAUGUACAUAUCGUUUUCAAGUUCUACAGUCGAAGUGGAGUAGAGGUUAUUCAGGCCUUGCGACUACACGGGAAUAUUGCGUCACGCUAAAACAAACACAAACACCAUUUUGGGAGGAGAAACGAUGGUAGGCACCUCGCUCGGUGGAGGAAAUCGCUGUCGGAAUUCAUCCGAAAAUGAACUUUAUGUAUUCAACUGGAGCUCUACUGAAGUGAACCCGAAAUUUUGACGGCUAUUUGACGUUUUCGAAACCGCCACCCAAAUAAAUGAUGCAUGAAACUCAAACAAUGACUUUACAUGGUAUGUUGUGACGUCACUUUCAAGGGCUGAAUAGGAUACUGGACUUUUUAGUCUCAGGAAAUUCUCGUUUCAGACUUCACAAUAGGCCGUCAGGUUUUUAUGAUGGAAAAGGGUUGAUACUGCUAAUGUAAUUACUCUGGCAGCUAUUGCAUGUUUGAGGGGCGAGGGUUGUCUUUAAAGUAUAUUUACUAUAUUACAUCAUUGUACUGCUCGAACUAUUUCAUCAUUACGCGAGUUUUUUGUUUUCUUUUUAUGUAGUAUCUGAAAGCAAUGAUUUACUUUAUUCAAUGAUGGAUGAAAGAUGGACAAGUCAAAAAGCACCAUUAGUAGUGUUAUCCUGUGCUAAAAGUUCUGAGCAUGAAGAGCCAAAGUUAACCUGCGUUGAUGUUGUUGAGGAACUCAAACUUUGUGAAAUGAAUAGACGUUGGCAGGUGAACAUUCAGCUUAAUAUGUAUUUAACCAGUCUAUGCCAGACACCAACGCUGCCUGCAAGCAGUCGCGGACAUCUCUGAGUGUGCCGAGAUUGUGCUCAAGUUAACUAUAUGAGCGCCCAACAUUUUUUCUUUACAGAUAAUAAAAGUACUAAUAAAACUGUAAUAUGUCAAAAUUAAUAUUCACUGACCAGCAGUGACGUCUUCUUGAUUCUUCUCAUCUUUAUAUGUAUAGGUUAGCCAAGUGGUGGUUGACACGUUAGAAGGUAUUGACGUUGCAACUAAUUGGUUACUCAAGGAAUGUUCAUGAGCAAGUAAAUUUUUUACAUGAGACUGAAUGAAGUCAUUAAAUGAUGUAUCUAACGAUGGAAGUUGUUAACAAGAACCCAAAUCAAGCAGGACGGCAACGUGAUUUACAAACUCAUCAGACCAUAUUCUUUUGUAUUUCGUCGGUUUUUAACUCCCCCGUAAUAACCUUCAGUCUAAAAGCAGGCGGUGGUAUUUGAUUUCUCCGGGGGAAAUACGGGGUUGAAGGUUAUUACGGAAAAAUAAUAACCGGGUAGCAGG